AUGACAAUAAAUGCCACCGCGGAUUCUGGCAUUGCAAAGCAUCUAGAAGAACGCAUUCCGGGCUACAUAAACAGCCAGAAAGCGAUCCAAAAUUUACUCGUAGAUCUAUCAGUAGCGCAAUUUAUUCGUGGACUUCGGGAUCAGUGGAUUACCCAACAAAUCUUACAGUCUGAAUUUACAGGAUUUGAAGGUGUCGUUACGAAGGCAAUUGCUCUAGAAGUUGCUAGAUCAGAUAGGCGAAACCUCUUGAAAACCACAACAAACCAUAACUUUAUACCUACGCAGCAUGAGACGUCAUAUGAAACCAACCAGGUACAACACGGCCAGAAGAACAUACGCAAUAGGAAUAAAGGGAAAUCGGUGUCAAAUUGUAAUGACGUACCAAGGAAUAAUUCAAAAGAUUACAAUGGGGACCAAAAUAGGAACCGAAGACAUAUAACACGAAGCACAAGCCAUAUGGAAGAGUUGACUACAAAGACCUUGGUCUCGAAUGAGGGCAAAAUCGGGAGUGCAAGAUCGUCUCCAAGAAAUGUAUAAUCUUGAAUACGAACAAUUUAAUCAACUUGAAAUCCAGGACGUUUAUACACAAUCCAAUGCAGAUGACGCGCGGAAGUAUUAUACGUAUGUAUUAGUAGAAGAUAAACAAAUUCAGUUUGAGGUUGAUUCA